CCACGGUGGGCGGGGCUCCCGCUGGCUCGGGCGCUUCCUGCUCGCCCCCUCCCCGCGGCGCCCCCCGCGGCCCCGCCGCCCCCCGCCCGCCCGCGGCCCGGGAUGUCGGACCCCAGCUACUGGACGGCGGGGGCGGCUGGCCACCGGGGCCGCCUCGCCAGGGGCGCGCUGCUGCAGCGCUCCAAAAGCUGCCGCAGCGGGAACCGUAAAAGCCUGGUGGUGGGCACGCCCUCGCCCACUCUCUCCCGGCCACUGUCGCCACUGUCGGUGCCCACAGGCAGCAGCCCCCUGGAGAGCCCCCGAAACUUCUCGGCCGCCUCUGCUGUCAACUUCCCUUUCGCCCGCAGCCACCUCCCCCGCACAGACAGGGCUGACGGGCGAAGAUGGUCCCUCGCAUCCCUGCCGUCCUCAGGCUAUGGGACCAACACGCCCAGCUCCACCGUCUCGUCCAGCUCCUCCUCAAGAGAGCGCCUGCACCAGCUUCCCUUCCAGCCCACGCCGGACGAGCUGCACUUCCUGUCCAAGCACUUCCGCAGCUCGGAGAGCGUGGUGGACGACGAGGGCGGCCGCUCGCCCCGCCUGCGCCCUCGCUCCCGCAGCCUCAGCCCGGGCCGUACCUCGGGGACUUUCGACAAUGAGAUCGUCAUGAUGAACCAUGUGUACCGGGAGCGGUUCCCCAAGGCCACGGCGCAGAUGGAGGGCCGUCUGCGCGACUUCCUGGCCACCUUCGAGCCAGGUGCGCAGCUGGCGCUGGCGGAUGGGGUUCUGGGCUUCAUCCACCACCAGGUCGUGGAGCUGGCCCGAGACUGCCUGGCCACGUCCGGGGAGGCCCUCGUCACCUCCCGCUACUUCCUCGAGAUGCAGGAGAAGCUCGAGCGUCUGCUGCAGGACGCCCACGCGCGCUCGGACAGUGAGGAGGUGGGCUUCGUGGCCCAGCUGGUGCGUAAACUGCUCAUCAUCAUCUCGCGUCCGGCCCGGCUGCUCGAGUGCCUGGAGUUCGACCCUGAGGAGUUUUAUCACCUGCUGGAGGCAGCGGAGGGCCAGGCCCGGGAGGGCAGUGGCAUCAGCUCCGACCUGCCUCGCUACAUCGUGCGCCAGCUGGGGCUCGCCCGGGACCCGCUGGAAGAGAUGAGUCACCUACAUGAGAAAGCGCCACCCCCCGCUGCCCCCGAGUCCCCCCAGAACCGCGCCCUGGGGGGCCCGUUAAGGAGGAAGCCGUGUGAGAGCGACUUUGAGACUAUCAAGUUGAUCAGCAACGGGGCCUAUGGGGCCGUGUACCUGGUGCGGCACCGUGACAGCCGGCAGCGCUUUGCCAUCAAGAAGGUCAACAAGCAGAACCUGGUCCUGCGCAACCAGGUGCAUCAGGCCUUCGUGGAGCGCGACAUCCUCACCUUCGCGGAGAACCCCUUCGUGGUCGGCAUGUUCUGCUCCUUCGAGACGCGCCGCCACCUCUGCAUGGUCAUGGAGUACGUGGAAGGUGGGGACUGCGCCACGCUGCUCAAGAACAUGGGUCCGCUGCCGGUGGACAUGGCCAGGCUGUACUUCGCCGAGACGGUGCUGGCACUCGAGUACCUGCACAACUACGGCAUCGUGCACCGCGACCUCAAGCCCGACAACCUGCUCAUCACCUCGCUCGGCCACAUCAAGCUGACGGACUUCGGCCUGUCCAAGAUCGGCCUCAUGAGCAUGGCCACCAACCUGUACGAGGACCACAUUGAAAAGGACACGCGGGAGUUCGUGGACAAGCAGGUGUGCGGGACUCCCGAGUACAUCGCCCCGGAGGUCAUCUUCCGCCAGGGCUACGGCAAGCCGGUGGACUGGUGGGCCAUGGGCGUGAUUCUCUACGAGUUCCUGGUGGGCUGCGUGCCGUUCUUCGGAGACACCCCGGAGGAGCUCUUUGGGCAGGUGGUCAGCGAUGAGAUCAUGUGGCCCGAGGGGGAGGAGGCCCUUCCGGGGGACGCGCAGGACCUCAUCACCAAGCUGCUCCGGCAGAGCCCCCUGGACCGGCUGGGCACAGGUGGCACCCAUGAGGUCAAACAGCAUCCCUUCUUCUGGUCCCUGGACUGGGCAGGGCUGCUGCGUCACAAGGCGGAGUUUGUGCCCCAGCUGGAGGCUGAGGAUGACACCAGCUACUUUGACACACGCUCGGAGCGGUACCGCCACUUGGCCUCAGACGACGAGGAAACCAAUGACGAGGAGUCAUCCACAGAGAUCCCCCAGUUCUCCUCCUGCUCCCACCGCUUCAGCAAGGUCUACAGCAGCUCCGAGUUCCUGGCCGUGCAGCCCGCCCCCACCUUCGCCGAGAGAAGCUUGAGUGAGGACCGAGAUGACAGCUGGGAGCACGGCCCCAUAGAUUACCGUCGGCGUCUGAGCUCCGACAUCCCCAGGAUGAAGCCCUCCGGCCCCCAGCAAGAGCAGCCGGCCCUGCUCAGCACUGUCGGCUUGAACGUCAUGCCUAAGUUCGCCUUCUCCUCCGAGGACGAGGUGGCCAGCCCUGCCCCCGCAAAGCCCGUCUUCAUCCUGGGGGAGCCCGACCCACCCCCAGCAGCGCCCCCAGGGAAGCCCAAGCCAUCUAGUCUCUCCGCUGACCCCGCGGCACUGAGCCAGGCGCGCCUGCGCAGUAACAGCACCGGGGCGCGCCACUGCACCCCGCGGGCGCUGGAGGCCGGGCGCGCGCGCAGGCUAGGGGCGCCCAGGGACCCCGAGAAGGCGAGGAACCCCGCCAGCCGGGUCCCCAAGUCGGCGUCCGUGUCUGCCCUGUCGCUCAUCGUCACCGCAGACGACGGCGGCGGUGCCCUCAUGAGCCCGCUGUCCCCGCGGUCACUGUCCUCCAACCCGUCGUCGCGGGACUCGUCGCCCAGCCGGGACCCCUCCCCGGGAUGCGGGCCACGGCCCCCCGUGCUCAUCCGCAGCUGCGGGAAGAAGUUCGGCUUCAGCCUCCGCGCCAUCCGCGUCUACAUGGGCGACAGCGACGUCUACGCCGUGCACCACGUGGUCUGGAGCGUGGAGGAGGGGAGCCCCGCUCAGGAGGCCGGGCUGCGGGCCGGCGACCUCAUCACGCACGUGAACGGGGAGUCCGUGCUGGGCCUGGUGCACAUGGACGUGGUGGAGCUUCUGCUCAAGAGCGGCGGCUCUCUGACCCUGCGCACCGCGGCCCUGGAGGACACCAACAUCCGCGAGGGACCUGCUCGCAGGGGUGGGGCCGCGGGGCGCCUGGCGCGGAGGACCAAGCGGGGCCGGCGGAGGGAGCCCCAAGACCGGCGCAGGUCGGUGUUGAGGAAGCCGUCGCCGCAGGCGCCCGCCCUGCACCCCAGCCGCAGCUUCUCCGCGGGCCUGCACCACUCCGUGUCCUCCGGCGACAGCCUGCCCGGCUCGCCCACGCACGGCCUCACCCCGGGGCCGCCCACGCCCGACGGGCCGCCAGACGGCGCGUCCCCGCCCGGCGGCUCCCCCGGCUCCAGCGGCCCCGCGUCACCCGCCCCCGCGCCGCACGCGCGUCCCAGCUCCCUGCACGGCCUGGCCGCCAAGCUGGGGGCGCCGCGGGGCCCGGGCGGCCGGCGCAAGUCCACCAGCAGCAUCCCACCGUCCCCGCUGGCCUGCCCGCCCGCCGCGCCCGCGCCCCGCGCCCCGUCCCCGCUGCCCGGUCACCCCACGCGCUCCCCGCGCCUGCGCCGCGGACAGUCGGCUGACAAGCUGGGGGCCUGCCCGGGGGAGGCGGCGCGCCGGGCACGAGGCGCGGACAGCGAGUUGGUGGUCAUGCGCCGCCUGCACCUGUCGGAGCGCCGGGACUCCUUCAAGAAGCAGGAGGCGGUGCAGGAGGUCAGCUUCGACGAUGACAAUGCCGCGCCCAAGUCCGCAGGCAGCCGGGAGGGUGGCCUGGAGGAGGCGGGCCUGGACUGAGCAGACUGUCUCUGGGGACCCCGUGGAGGGCGGUCUGGACAUGGGGCGCCGGAACUGAUCCCUGGGACCCCAAACACGAUGACAAGAAUGGAAGGGUGGGACUGACCCCUGCUGCACUGGGGGGGGGGACCCCACGGAGGUCACCCUGGAAUGGGGAGGACUGACGGCCCCCGUAGUCAGGACCCCAUGGGAGGCACCUUGGACUGGGGGUCUGGGCUCAUACCCCACUGUGCCCCGGGACCCUGCAGAGGGCAGCCUGGACUGGGGGGCGAGACUGGCCCCUACUGCUCCUGGGGACCUCUUGGAGGUCACCUGAAAUGGGAGGACUGACCCCCCUAGUGCUCCCCGGGACCCCACAGAAGGGACCCUGGCCUUGGGGAGCUGGGAGUGACCCCCAGUGUCUCCUGGGGACCCCUAACAGGGCGGUCGGGACUGAGGGCAGCUCUGACCACUGGGCUCCCACAUAGUGCGGCCUGGAGGUGGGGCCUUGAAUGACCACCCACCCACCCCCAGGGAUCCUGUGAAGGGCACCCUGGAGGCAGGGGCAGGGGGCACUGAGAAUGAGCCCACCGCUAUCUCCUGGGAGUCCACAAAGGGUGCCCUGGAGAGGGGCCUGGAAUGACACCCCCACUGUCCCCUGGGGGGACCCCCACCCUCCUAGGCUUGUAAAUAAUGCCCCCCACUAAUUUAUUACUUUUAUAAGCUCUGCCCGCUGCCGCACCACAGCCAUCCAGACCCCUUGUCCGUGUUUCUGUGAAUCCCAGAAGAGCGUUUUUGGGGUCCCCUCUGGGAGGGAACUCCAGUGAGACCCCUCCCCCGGGGGGGCAGUGUGGAUCUUGGAGCCUCUGCACAGCUUCCUCUCCUCCAAGCCUCAAUUUCCCCACAGCAUUUGUGGGGUGCACCCCCCAGUGUGCGAGUGACGCCCAGGCCAGAUGCAUGUGAGCAGGGGGGCUGGUGUCCCCCGGACCCCGUGCUGAGCUGCCUGGCUUGGAGCCACCGCAAAUAAAAGCCCUGUGACCAA